AUGUCAUCGAUGACUGAUCCCUGGACCCAGACCAUCACCAUGAUCGACGGCGAGGGAGGUAGCCAGGACGUCGGCUUGGACCAAGUCACCCAGUUGCAAGUCUACAUCAUUCAAUCUGGAAUCAACUAUGGUGCACAAGUUGGAGCAUCCAUAAUGCUCCUGCUGAUGCUCCUGCUCCUGACGAAGGCUUCGAAGCGGAGGUCAUACAUCUUCCUCAUCAACGGCUUAUGCUUACUCGUCAACGCCAUUCGCUGUAUACUACUUGCCUGCGCGUUGACCAGUAACUGGUACCAUCCUUAUACCCAGAUCAUGGGCGACUACAGUCGAAUUACAUCCUCUGACCUCGCCACCACGAUUGCUUCAGUACUGCUGACUCUCUUGAUCACCUUCAUGGUCUUCAUGUCGCUCAGUCUCCAAGUCUGGGUAGUCUGCGUCACAACUGACCCUAUCCGACGAGCAGUCACCAUGGGUUUGACAACACUUGUAGGCGCCCUUGCAUUUGGAUAUAGGGCUACUCUAGCCGUCUUCAACGUCAAGGCGUUGCUCGCACAAACGGGAAUGGGCUCGCAUACACGCCUUGUCUCCGAUUGCUACGUUGUCCAGGCUGUCGCCAUUUGGUUUUACAGCUGCGCCUUCACGUACAAGCUGGGAUAUGCAAUCUUUCAACGACGCCGUCUCAAUAUGCCGCAGUUUGGGCCAAUGCAAAUUGUCUUUAUAAUGGGCUGCCAGACCAUGGUGAUUCCGGCGAUCGUCACUAGUCUGCAAUUCGUUCCAAGUCUUCCCGAACUUGGCAACGCUGUCUUGACCAUCGUCUGUAUCUUCCUUCCGCUGUCCGCAAUCUGGGCUGGCAUCGACCAAGACUCCCCCCGCAUUGCGAGCAGUGGCCCCGACUCCCACCAUCGAAUCUUCCACGCCGAAUUCUACGAUUCUACUACUAACAGCAUUGGCACUAGCAGUAGCACUGCUUGCGACAAGAGUAGACAACUCAGCGUCUGUACCGUUCCAAAGGGCAAGGACAAGGACACUGAGAGCAUGAUCAUGACUCCCACUUCCUAUAAGAAGAAGAAUAUUCAAGUCGAUUGCGAGUAUGGUUUCUCAAGUGGAAAUGCUGCGCAUCACCUUUGA